GAAUGGGACUGACAGGCUUUGGAGUGUUUUUCCUUUUCUUUGGAAUGAUACUCUUCUUUGACAAAGCUCUUUUGGCCAUUGGAAAUGUUUUAUUUGUGGCUGGCUUGUCUUUCGUUAUCGGUUUAGAAAGGACGUUUAGAUUCUUCUUUCAAAAGCACAAAAUGAAAGCAACAGGCUUUUUCCUGGGUGGUGUCCUCAUAGUUCUCAUUGGUUGGCCUUUAGUAGGAAUGAUCCUUGAAAUUUAUGGGUUCUUCCUAUUAUUCAGGGGGUUCUUUCCUGUGGUGGUUGGCUUUAUUAGAAGAGUUCCAGUUCUUGGAUAUCUCUUGAAUUUACCUGGUAUAAGCUCGCUUGUAGAUAAAGUUGGAGAAAGCAACAACAUGGUAUAAUGACGAAAGGGCAGAAGACUGAUUCUAAACUUACUGUAUUAUUUAUGAAAUCCUUUUGAAGAAUACUCAGCACAAAGAUUAUGUUGUGUACAAAGGAAAAGCUUGUUACAUUCUUUACAUAACAGUUUAAUUUAAAAUGUAUAGUCAACAAUAUACAUUAGAAAGGAAGCUCAGCAAGUAUGCUUCUAGGAAAGUAACUCCAGAGUUCAGGAAGUAAACUGAAGAGGUGAAAGUCGUGGAAUAACCCAGGUUACAACUGUUAAAGACUAUUUCUGUUGGUUUUGGAAAACAUGCUAGAGGCAAUGAACCCUUGUGGAAUUAACAGUGCCUGUACUUUACCUCCUUAUUUUGAAGGUGCAGUAGAGCAAACAGGCCUACAUUUUUAAGGGUGACCCAAACUUAUCCAACCCUCUGCUUGCUAUCCUCAGAAUGCAAAAAAACAGAGAGAAAACUUCUUGUGUAACAAGAUAAUGCGUUUUUGCAUGAAGGUUAAGAUGACUAUUCAUCUUUAAGUGUAUUAUGACAAAAAAAAAAGGAAACCCUACACGGUUCUGUUUGUAAGCAUUUUUGUAAAUAUGUGGCUGAAAUAAAACAUUGUUAUCUUAAUGUUUCAAAGCCAGAUAUAAGUUGAUUGUAUUUGCCUUCCAUUUUGGAAUAUGCAAAAGGUCAAUCUUCAGUAACUUCAGUCUUAAAUGUUGGUUCUGAACAUGUACAAGAGGGAACUCUGGAAACUGACUUGCACUCCUUCCAGUUUGUUCUCCUUGAGUCAUGAGUGUUACAUGUGCAUCCUGAUAAGAAUGUAGCCCCUUGUCACUAACAUGAAAUCUUUGAAAUAUGCUUAGUUCACAGAAAAAUGCAUUUGGUUAAGGUGCUGAUGUGAACCCUGUGAAUUGUUUCUUCUCAAAAUUUGAACCUUUGUUUUUAAAUAGUUUGAAGCUGAAGUUUCUUUGUUUACUCUGGAACUACAAAUUUAUUUUUUACAGUAAUAAAAUGAAGACUUAAA